CGUGGACCCUAAGCAAAGCGCAGUAGGUCUUAAUAGGUCAGAGUUGGUGUUUUCAUUCGACGUCAGCUCUGUAGACCUAUAAAGAGCCCGCGUUCAUCUGUGAGGCACUACAAUCUCAACUCGAUUCUCUUGAGGACUGCAAGGACGAAUUGAAAAGAUGAAACUAUACCUCGCUGCAGCCGUGCUGAUGCUUGUGCUGGCCGCACACACAGAGGCCCAGGAGGAGCCAACACUGGAGCAGCGUUUCGCCGGCUUCCAUAGCCAGAUUAAGGAAAUUGCUGAUGACCUGACACAGAAGACUAAAAACACAUUUGAUCAAAUUGAAAAAAGUGAAUUUGCUGUCAAAACCAAGAACUGGUUUACUGAGCAGUUUGAGAAGUUGAAGCAGAAGAUGUCCGAAAGCUUCAAUUAAUAAAAAACAGUGACCCACUCUUCAUAAAACUUUAAAUCAGGAAUGUAAUAUAACUUCCAUUCUUUUUAACAAUUGGCCAAAAGGUUACAAUGAGCUGUCGUCAUCUGCGUGUCAUUUGUGUAAUCUGUACAAUAGUUUGUUUUGUGGAAUGCUGUUAGAUAUUCUGAAGAAAUCUAAUAAUAAAUUCAGGUUUUUUCCCCAAAUGAAUAAACAGUAAUUGACUUAU